AUGAAUAUAGAUUUAAGAAAAUAUUUACAACAAAAUCAUGAAAAACUCACAUGGAAAGAAAAAAUUCAAAUAGCUGUUGAUAUAAUUGAUGCACUGUCAAGAAUUCAUAAUGAGUAUGCAAUUCAUAGAGAUUUGCAUUCUGGAAAUAUAUUAUUCAAGACUGGCCAAGGAUGUGGUAUUAGUGAUCUUGGAUUUUGCGGACCUGCAGAUAAACCAUUAAAAAGUAUAUAUGGAAACCUUCCUUAUAUAGCACCUGAGGUUAUUGUUGGAAAAGAACAGACUUAUAAAUCUGAUAUUUAUAGUAUUGCAAUGCUUAUGUGGGAAAUUUCAUCUGGACAACCACCAUUUUUUAAUUAUGAACAUGAUUAUGAUCUUGCUAUGAAUAUUGUUAAUGGUAUAAGACCAAAAAUUGUACCAGGAACUCCUUUAGAAUACAAAAAUUUAAUGAAACAAUGUUGGGAUGCUGAUCCAUUAAAACGGCCUAAUAUUAAAACGCUUUCAGGUGAAAUAGAUAAGCUUAAUCUAAUUUAUCAAACUAAAUCAAAUGAUUUAAUUCAACUAGAAGAAAAUGAUAGUUUAGAUAUAAAUAGUUCAGAAACUUAUACAAUUGAUGAUUUUGAUAAAGUGAAUAAUCAGAAGAAUAGUACAUCAAAAUUAAGUAGCAUAUUUAAAGUUGGUAGUAAGAAGUUAUCCAAAAUUUUUAAAAGGAAUUCAAAGAAUGGCAAGUAA